UUUGAGCCUCGCGAACUUCCGUAGCACCUGCACCCCUGUUUGUAGUAGGUCACAUGCUCAGUAGCGCCUUUACUUUGCUGGGUCACGUGACGGGGCGGGGCUUGUGACGUCGAGGCCGAGGAGCAGUAUGGAGAAAGAGAAGGUUGACUCCAGCCCGAAUGUCCUGGAACCGCUGUGCGAUAUGGAUCGGAACCCCUCACCCCCGACUAGUGACGAUGAAGAGGGACAGAAGGCAGACUCCAUAGGGAGCACUGUAUACAGCAAGCACUGGUUCUUCAGCACGCUGACCAGGCUCAUCGAGUUCGUCACAAAGAAAGACAAAUCCCAGGCCGAGGACGAUGAAGACGAGAUCUCGGGGGUGCUGGAUGAAGACCUGGAAAAUGACAUUUGUAAAGUUUGGGACAUGUCUAUGAAUGAGGAGGUGGCGCUGUUCCUAAAGGAGUUCAAUGCACCUGAAAUUUUUUUAGGCAUCAUCUCAAAAUCCAAAAGCAACCGGUUAACAGAAAUCUGUGUGGGGAUCCUGGGUAACAUGGCCUGCUUCCAGGAGACAUGUGUGGCCAUCAGCAACAACAAGGACUUGGGAGAAGUCCUGCUGAUGCUGAUGUGUGACACGGACCCCCCGACUCUGCUAGAAACCACCAGGCUGCUGUUGACUUGCCUGUCUCAGGUUGAUGUGAGGAGCACAUGGGUGGAAAGGAUCCGGAAGCGUCCGACUGUCAGAGAUAACCUCUGCUUCAUCAUGAGCAGCUCCACCAACGGGGACCUGCUUGUUAAAGUGGGGGAGCUGGUGGACAAGGUGUUUGAUGUGGACGAAGACUUGAUGAUCGACUGGAUAAAAGCUGGAUGUCAACAGCCGGAAACACUAGUGAAUGAUAUUGAAGAGAAACCUGUGGUGCUCGGACUGGUGCCCUCACUACUAGAGGCCGCAAAGCAGCUGAAGUAUGACAGUCCUGAGGGUCUUGAUGUCUAUAUGCACAUCCUGCAGCUGGUGACCACGGUGGAUGAGGGCAUCCAGUCCAUAGUACAAUGUCCUGAAGAUGCGAAGCAAAUAUGGGAGUUUUUGUUUGAUUUGACGCGUCGGGACUUGUGCCAGUCGGAUGACCCUCCUCUGAUCGUACAAGAGCAGAAAACCAUCUUAUCCUCCGUCCUGGCUGUCAUGUCUGUCGUUUUCUCAUCCCAAACUGAGCAGAAGUACACGGAGAUGUGGAAAAAUCUUUCUCUCAUCGGGAGCCUGACCCGAAUCCUGGAGAAUCUGGAGACGUGUGAGAAGAAGAAUGAGGAGAGGCCGCUGUCUGCGGAGGACGAGCCGCCAGAGGAAGAUUUUCACUUAAAAAUCCUGAAGGAUGUCUGCUGCGAAUUUCUCUCUAACAUUUUGUCUCAACUAACAAAGGAGAACAUACUACAGGCCCUUACGGAAGGUCACAUCACAGAAGAGAAGAGCUUGUGUACGCUGCGGAACCUGCUCCCCCUCUAUGCCGUGUCUGUGAAUAGCUUUAUAGCGGUUUUGGGUGAAGCCGACCAGACUCUGUACAAAACUCUAAAGAAAGAGGUCUCUGUUCUCGGAGAGGAUUCAUGAGAUGUAGCCUCCACCUUCCAGACCGCCGCUGAUCUCCUGGGCUGAGCACGCCUCGACAGUGACUUGUGUUUGACACCCCCGUCCUCCAUGACGACUAUACAGUGUGUGGACUGAUAGACAUUUUUGACGUUUCAAUUGCUGCAUUUCCAUAUGUCAGCCAGCAGGGGGCGCCAUGGAUAUUUGUUCUUCAUUGAAAAGCAUCUACUAAAAGAGCAAAUGUCUACAAGUAUAUCCAGAACCUCCUCAUAUUAACCCAAGUGACUGUAUACGGUAAAACUCCUCUAAUCCAGUAUCUGAUGGGCCAACAUAUAAUUUUCAGUAGAAAGCCACCUGUUUGUU